UUUGCGCCAAACCGGCAAGUCCAUGUUUGAUUUCAGCUCCACCAGCUAACGCUCAGUGAGUCAGUGAGAAAGCUCAGAGAUUUCACAGAGCUCAACUCAACGGCCAGUCUUCCACAACCAAACCACCAUGUGCGGGGACGCAAGGAACUGGGACGAAGAAUCAUACAGAGAAACCAUAUUGAAGGAGAGGGAGAUCCAAACCCGAACCGUAUUCCGAACCGUUUGGGCUCCAUCCCUUAACCCUAACCCGGACGCCAUCGUCGUCGCCUCCAGCGAUGGAUCGGUUUCUUCAUACUCCAUCCCCUCCCUCGUCUCCAAGCCCCCACUGGGUUUUAGCAAUGUGAAAGCUCCACACUCGUUAAUGGCUGAACCUGCUUGCUUCCUUCAAGCUCACGAAGGCCCUGCAUACGAUGUUAAGUUUUACGGCCAUGGCGAGGAUGCUGUUUUGCUGAGUUGUGGUGACGAUGGUCGGAUUCGAGGAUGGAAAUGGAAGGAUUGUGUAGAAGCAGAGGCGCCUAUUCAUUUGCAAGGAAACCAUGUGAAGCUACUACUCGACCUGGUGAAUCCGCAGCAUAAAGGUCCUUGGGGGGCUUUAUCUCCAAUCCCUGAAAACAAUGCUCUUGCCAUUAAUGAUCAGGGGGGAUCCAUUUUUUCUGCUGCUGGUGAUUCUUGUGUCUAUUGCUGGGAUGUGGAAAGUGGUCAAGUCAAAAUGACUUUUAAGGGGCACUCAGACUACUUGCAUUCUAUAGUUGCCCGGAACUCUACCAAUCAGAUCAUAACUGGUUCAGAGGAUGGGACAGCACGUAUAUGGGAUUGCAAAAGUGGAAAGUGUGUUCAAGUGUAUGAGCCAGCGAAGGGUACUAAAUUGAAAGGAUUUUUUUCAUGCGUAAGUUGCAUGGCUCUUGAUGCAAGUGAAAGCUGGUUGGCUUGUGGUAGUGGUCGGAGUUUGUCAGUUUGGAAUCUUCCUGCUUCUGAAUGCAUUUCAAGGACUUCAACUCGUGCAUCUGUACAGGAUGUAGUAUUCGACGAAAAUCAAGUAUUAGCAGUUGGAGCAGAACCUCUACUUUGCCGUUAUGAUAUAAACGGGGCGAUCCUUUCACAAAUGCAAUGUGCUCCUCAGUCAGCCUUUUCCAUCUCAUUACAUGCAUCUGGGGUUACAGCAGUAGGAGGUUACGGAGGUCUUGUUGACAUUAUUUCGCAGUUCGGAAGCCACUUGUGCACUUUCAGCUGCCGAUGUGUUUUUUCAGAAAACAAACCAAAGCUCUCUUCGGUCGCUCUCUCUUCGCUUUCACCUUCUCACCGAUCAUCGGCAGUCAUGGCAGCUCCAGAAGGAUCACAAUUUGAUACUCGUCAGUAUGAUUCCAAAAUGACUGAGCUACUUGCAACUGAUGGGCAGGAAUUCUUUACAUCAUAUGAUGAAGUUUAUGAUAGUUUUGAUUCUAUGGGUCUGCAAGAGAAUCUUCUGAGGGGCAUUUAUGCUUACGGUUUUGAAAAACCCUCAGCUAUUCAGCAAAGGGGAAUUGUUCCAUUCUGCAAGGGUCUUGAUGUUAUUCAACAGGCUCAGUCUGGAACUGGGAAGACAGCGACUUUCUGUUCUGGUAUUCUUCAACAGCUUGAUUAUGGUUUGACAGAAUGCCAGGCCUUGGUUCUUGCCCCAACUCGAGAGCUUGCUCAACAGAUUGAGAAGGUCAUGAGGGCUCUGGGAGACUAUCUGGGUGUGAGGGUCCAUGCUUGUGUUGGUGGAACCAGUGUUCGUGAAGACCAGCGCAUUCUGUCAAAUGGGGUUCAUGUUGUUGUGGGCACUCCUGGUCGUGUUUUUGACAUGCUAAGAAGACAGUCACUUCGUCCCGAUAACAUCAAAAUGUUUGUUUUGGAUGAGGCUGAUGAGAUGCUUUCCCGAGGUUUCAAGGAUCAGAUCUAUGAUAUAUUUCAGCUUCUGCCAUCAAAGAUUCAAGUUGGGGUGUUCUCUGCCACAAUGCCACCUGAGGCCCUUGAGAUCACAAGGAAGUUCAUGAACAAACCUGUGAGGAUUCUUGUGAAGCGUGAUGAACUCACCCUGGAGGGUAUAAAGCAAUUUUAUGUCAAUGUUGACAAGGAGGAAUGGAAGCUUGAGACUCUUUGUGAUCUUUAUGAAACUUUGGCCAUUACCCAGAGUGUCAUUUUUGUCAAUACUCGACGCAAGGUUGAUUGGUUGACUGACAAAAUGCGGAGCCGAGACCAUACAGUUUCUGCCACCCAUGGAGACAUGGACCAGAACACCAGAGACAUCAUCAUGCGGGAGUUCCGUUCUGGGUCAUCUCGUGUCUUGAUCACCACUGAUCUUCUGGCUCGUGGUAUUGACGUUCAGCAAGUCUCCCUUGUUAUAAACUAUGAUCUGCCUACCCAGCCAGAGAACUACCUCCACAGAAUUGGGCGUAGUGGACGAUUCGGCAGGAAGGGUGUUGCCAUCAACUUUGUAACAAAGGAUGAUGAGAGGAUGCUGUUUGACAUCCAGAAGUUCUAUAACGUGCUUGUGGAGGAGCUGCCAUCGAAUGUUGCUGAUCUCCUCUGAUGAGAUUUUGUCCUCUUUAGAAAAUUACCAAGGAAAAUCUGGUUUCUGCUUAGUAGUAAGUGUUGUUUUGUUUGAAGUUUAUUUUCUGUUUUUGGUCGUUCCAGCCGCCACAUCCACCAUUUUGCGUCUUCUCCUAUUAUUAUUAUUAUUAUCUUAUCAUUAUUAUAGGUCUAGUUCUUUAUAAUUUAUGGUUGUUGGAUACUAUUUUAAGUGGUACAAGUACACUUGCAAUGUGAAAACCAUCAUUGCCUUGAUCGGUUGUGGUAGCAACUGUUGUUGCAUAACAUAUCUUCUAGCUACUAAUAUGUAUGUAUUUUUUGAUGUUUUAA